AUGCCCAGCAGAACUGUUCGCUAUACCCGCUACAGCCCACAGCAGCGGCGGCGGCGGAUGCUGGCUGACCGCAGUGUCCACUUCCCAAACGAUGUCUUAUUCUUGGACCACAUCCGCCAGGGCGACCUGGUACAGGUGGGGCGCUUCAUCAGGGCCCGGAAGGUCACUCUGGGCACCAUCCACCCCUCAGGACUGGCCGCCCUGCACCAAGCUGUGCUGUCUGGGAACCUGGACUGUGUAAAGUUGCUGGUGAAGUAUGGGGCGGACAUUCACCAGCGCGAUGAGACUGGCUGGACGGCAUUGCACAUCGCCUGCAGUGACGGGUACCCAGACAUUGCCAGGUACCUCAUCUCCCUGGGGGCAGACAGAGAUGCAACCAAUGACGAUGGAGACCUGCCCUCCGACCUCAUCGACCCGGACUUCAAGGACCUGCUCGAGUUGUUCCAGGGCACCAGGAUGGACUGAGCUGGCCCUG